CUUAUUAAUCAUAAUUUUUGGGGGGAAAGUAAAGCAUUGUAUUCUAAAUCUCCCAACCAUGCAGUUGGUCAAAUAAAAAAUAUCCCCAACAAAAAUCCUGGCUGCUCACAUAUCUUAGGUCCCUAACUCUCAUUAACAAGCAAGUUUAACUGUGAACAAAACCACUCAAUCUUUUCUUUUUUUCCAGUAUGCUGAAAAAUAUGGUGACGUUUUUAGCAUGCAGCUUGGUAGUGAGCACUUUGUGAUUGUAAAUGGACUCCAGCUUGUGAAGGAAAUACUUGUUUAUCAGGGUGAAAACUGUAUGGAUCGUCCACCGACCCCGAUUUUUGAGGACGUCUUUGGUGGCUUCGGCGUGAUCACCUCUAAUGGAUAUAACUGGAAAAAGCAAAGGAGAUUUGUCCUAUCAACUCUGAGGAAUUUUGGUCUGGGGAAGAAGAUUUUAGAGAAACGAAUACAGCAGGAGAUCAGGUACCUCACUGAGGCGGUUGCGGAAGAGAAAGGGAAUCCUUUUGACCCUCACUUUAAAAUUAACAAUGCUGUUUCCAACAUCAUUUGUUCUGUCACUUUUGGGAGCCGGUUUGAAUAUGAUGACAGUCAAUUCCAGAGUUUACUGCGGUUGCUUGAUGAGACAGGGCAGCUCGAGGGAAGUUUUUGGAGCCAGCUGUAUAAUUCCUUUCCCACCAUAAUGAAGUGGCUCCCAGGACACCAUCACACCCUUUUUAAAAACUGGGAAAAACUUAAGUGUUUUGUAAAAGAAGAGAUUGCAAAGCACAGGGAGGACUGGAAUCCAGCAGACCCCAGGGACUUCAUUGACUGCUAUCUGAAGGAAAUCGCAAAGAAUGAAGCCAAUUCUACUUUCCAUGAAAACAAUCUCAUAUUUUCUACACUGGAUCUUUUUUUGGCUGGAACUGAGACAACCUCCACAACCAUCCGCUGGGCCCUACUGUACAUGGCCCUAUAUCCAGAAAUUCAAGAGAGAGUGCAAGCAGAGAUCGACACAGUGAUUGGCCAGUCUCGCCUGCCAGCCAUGGACAUGCCAUACACCAACGCAGUUGUGCAUGAAAUUCAAAGGAUGGGCAACAUUGUCCCUUUUAAUGUGCCCCGAAGGAUAACAAGGGACACAACGCUGGCUGGAUUCCAUCUGCCAAAGGGGAUCACUCUGAUCACUAAUUUGAUGUCGGUGCUGUUUGACAGGAACGAGUGGGAAACUCCUGAUGCUUUUAACCCUGAGCACUUUCUGAAGGAUGGCCAGUUCAGGAAGAGAGAGGCUUUCCUGCCCUUCUCAGCAGGGAAAAGGGUUUGCCUGGGAGAGCAGCUGGCUAGAACGGAGCUGUUCCUGUUCUUCACUGCCCUUUUUCAGAAGUUCACGUUCCAGGCACCGAAGAACACGAAGCUCAACCUCCAGUUCAGAAUAGGCAUGGCCAUGGGCCCUCAGCCAUACAAGAUCCAGGCUUUGCCUCGGUAGGUAGCACUGUCAAGAUCUGCCCUUGCCCCAUUUCUCAGAAUUACAGGAGUGUUUUCUAUAGAUGGAGCUGUGUGUAUUGUUCCCAAAUGUCCCUACGUCCUCCAUUUCUGUGUCCCAAUAAGGGGGUGGUUGCAGCUGUUUAUCUCCAGUGUUUGGGAGUGCAAAGAGGUUACUGCUGUAAGGACAGAAUAGGAUUUCAUACUUCCUUCUUCCAUGGAAAAAUUGAAUACAGAUGGAAAUGUUUUGACAAAAUUGUUAAUGUUUUGUCCAAAAAAAAUCUGUUAAAAAAUCUAAUGAGGAAAAGCACCUCAGCUUAGACCACCUUUGCUUUUCAUAUUUCAGGAGUGUUGUUUAUAGCUCUGUAUUUAAUUGGUUUAAUUAAAGAUACCAUAUUUACCCAAA